AAAUCUAGCUAAGUGAAUGUUUCUGAGGUGAGAAUUUAUUCAUUCUUUUUUUUUAUUUCAUUUUGAUAUGGAAUAAGAAAAAUCCCACAAAUGUGAUUGGCCUGAAUAUGUAUUCAAAGACAGACCUUUGUGAUAGGUCUCAGUAUCAGUAUUAUUAAACAGUGUUUUUUUUGUUUUUUUUAUUAUUUAUAAAAGGUAGUCUAUAUAGAUGCAAACUUUAAGGUAAUUCCUUUCAUCUACACAACAUCUGUUUGUGUGUGCAUCAAUGAUUACAUUCUAAUUUCUGCUUACAUUCUUCACUGGUUGUUUUUGUUGUUCGUUUUCCGCUUUAACGUGUCUGAUCUGUACCACGGGGGACUUUUUCUAGGUCCCUAUUAUUAGCGUCAAGUAAUCUAUAUGCAGACGGACCUCCGAACCCCCCCACCCCGCUACGACUUUAAUAUAAAGAGUUAUAGCCUUUGCUGCUGCAAAGGUGUUAAAAUCUUGUAAAUAGGACCUCUGCCUUUUUGUUGUAGCGAAUCCCAAGUGUACUCAAUGUAGUCUUUUAUAAACUUGCAUUCAGUCAAAUCCCAGGUGCUGAAGUCAUAUGCACAGGAUUACUGACCAUUGUUGAGUGUGUAUGUGUGUGUGUGUCCAUUAAAUCCUUUAACUCAGUUCUAAAGUAGCUUAGCAGGUUGUGCUCCUUGGUCCAAGCAGCAGUGCUGCCCUCAGUUUAUGUUGUUGACUUGAGUAAUGGGGCUCCUGCACACUAACCACCAAUUGCUUGAAGACCUGGACCCUAUAGCAAAUGGAUUAUUGAUUCUCACUUGGAUUUAGAUUGGUUUCUUGUAUCCCUUUUGGAUUUAAAUUGCCACGUUUGCUUACUGUUGCGCUUUAUCGGAUUGGUUCUUACCUACUGACUGCUGAAGAAUGUGGUCUAUGCUGUUACCCUGAUGUCUACAAAAACGGCCGGGGGUCUCCUCGCUGGGAGGAGACUUAGAGCGGCCUUCACGAAGCGUCUUCGGAGCCCCCCUGUCAAAAAGGGCAGCACGGUGAGUUAAAUAGUGGAGGUGCAAACAUGAUAAGCUGAUUGUGCAACUCAUGCCAUGAAUGGGUUUAUGCAUGCACUUGGCUUUCGAGCUAAUUAGUGUCCAGACAAAGAUAAGCAAUAGUUUUGUCUGAGUUUCUGUUGAGCUUGAGGAUCAUGUCAUCCUGUCUCCAAAUUUAGAAACUGACAAAAGCAACAAAAUAGAAGGCGAACCGAAGCAGGGAUGAUUUGAUAGGUUUCAGGAUUCUAGACAAAACAGCACUUUUACCUGUCCUAAGUUGUAUCAAGAACACGUAAAACCACAUUGAAACUAUUGAACUGCUGAAACACUGAAACUGGGUGCCUGCUGACCCUAUCAUGUUCCCCAUAUUAUUUGUGUAUCAUGGUGCGACAGUCUAAAAAAUUAAAGACUCUGACCUUCGCCACCAAAAUGGCUGAUUCGGGAGAAACACAUACUUGAGCUGAGAUUUGCUGCAGUAACUCAUCAGUGCGCACUUGACUUACCAUAACCAAGCCAGAACAUUGAAUUCAUGAGGGCAUUUGUGCUGUCGAGGGGACCGUUAAUGAGGUCGUGAAAGGGGUAAGUGACAAAUCUGAUUCUGAAAGCCAGAAUUAAAACGCAGUCAAUCCUUUUAUUGGGCAAGCAUACAGUACAACACAGACAGUGUUAGUAAAUCUGGAUUUAAGUGUGGAAAUGACAGAUGAAAGGGAAGCAGCACACAGGAUGAAUUUUAAAGCCACGAAUGUAACUGCAAUAAAAUCAAAGCAAAGACUUUAUUUUAUUCAUUUAGAAAACAAAUCAAAUGCAACAUCAUGACUUGGGUUGAAGUGACAAUCUGCAGGUUGGAGUGGAAAAAGUGGCUUAGUUUAGCUUAGCAUAGGCGAUCAACUUUGGUCCUGCUACACUAAGCUUCCUUUCCCUUCAGGGUUCCUGGCUACAAGCCAUGUGGAACAAAUAGAUUUCAAAUUAUUCUAAUGCGUGGCACAAGUGUAAAGUUGCCAUUUCUUUUUCUGCCAAUGUCGUUGCAUCUCUGUGACACCACUUGGAAAAGAGGAAUUUUUGUGCAAAUAAUUGUUGCUUUUUUUUUUUUUUUUUUUUUAGAACAAGUGCAACCAGUCACACAGUUCUAAGAAUAACAUCAAUGUUGACAUUUUGGAUCGGAAUUAGCCCCCUAACAUUAUCGGUUUUCUUUUUCGUAGGAGAUUCUUUUAGCUAAUUAAAUGAAAAAAAUCAUAGCUACAGUGGUAGGCUAUGUCAUACCGUUAUAAACCCACACUAACGCAGCGGGCCAGGAUUUCAUCUUUCUCCUGUUCAUUCAUCAUUUGUUUCUUUUAUGUUUCUUGUUACCUGACUCCAAUUGCUGAUUCUUUUGUUAUUUUCUUACUGGGUUUCUUUUGCAUAAUUUCUAUUUCCACUCUUUGACAUGUUCCAAUUUCCUUCUCCUCUUUCCCUGGUUGCUGUUGGUCUGCAGAUCUUUCAGGUGCAGAAGGAAGACAGUGAGCGAUACUCACGGUCACGGCCAUCACAGCCACACACGCUUUCGGAUGAAGAUGACCGGAUGUCUGUGGGAAGCAGAGGGAGCCUCAGGGUAGACGAUAGGGAUUAUCUUGAGAGAGGUUCUCGAUCAGCUUCUGCAUUAACAGCAACCACUCUUACCUCCCUUGGUGGGAAUUCCUCACGGAGAGGAAGUGUAGAGACUGCCAUCACUAUAGAUGCCGAAACUGCCUCGAGGGAAAUCAAGGAAAUUCAUGAACUGAAGGAUCAAAUACAAGAUGUGGAGUCCAAGUACACUCAGAACCUAAAAGAAGUCAAGGACACAUUAACAGAAGUGGAGGAGAAGUAUCGCAAGGCCAUGGUCUCCAACGCACAGCUGGACAACGAAAAGAGCAACCUGAUGUACCAGGUGGACACUCUAAAAGACUCUCUGACAGAACUUGAAGAACUGCUGUCUGAGUCAAGACGGGAGUACGAGGAAAAGGUCAAGGAAUUUGAACGGGAGAAACAUGCACACAGUGUUCUUCAAUUCCAGUUCAAUGAAAUGAAAGAGACACUGAAACAAAGCGAGGAGCUGCUAAAUGAAAUUCGUCAGUUACGCAUGAAACAAGAGGGUUUUGCUAGGGAAAUAACAGAUCUACAAGAGACAGUGGAGUGGAAGGAUAAGAAAAUCGGGGCCUUAGAGCGACAGAAAGAAUACACGGAUGCAAUCCGAAAUGAGCGAGAUGAGCUCAGAGAAGAGGUGGUGAAGCUGAAGGAUAUUCUUAAGAAACACGGAAUAGUAUUGGGACCUGAUCUGAGCAUCAAUGGCGAUGCUGGUGUAACAGAAAUAGAAAGAAUCAGUGGAGACGCCGCUCCCCAGCCUCCUCAGGGCUCGCCAACUUCAACAUCAGAGGGCAACAGCAUGCUCGGAAGCUCAGAGGAGACUCGUUUGAGAAGUAGUGGAAAGGAAGAAAUGGAGCAAGAACAGCGUCGAGAAGUGUUUUGGGAAAGCCAGACAAGUCACCAGAGCACCGAUAAAUUCAAUAAUGUGGAUGAUGCAUCAAGACCCAUUAAAGAAAAUGAGAGUUGCCUUAGCCAAGGCUUGCAGACUGAACUGCCAGUCACAAAAGCCAUGAAUGAAAUUGUUCUCAGUGCCGUAUUUCGAGGAAAUGCAACAGAUCUUACUGAAACAGUUUCAGAAGUCAAUUCUAAUUUAGAGGGGACUGACACACAAAUACAUCAUGGUGACAUUGAAGAAUAUUCUAAGGACAUCAAAAAACAGCCAAACAAACAUGAAACCAACCAGAAAACAGAACCAUUUGAACAAGCUCUCAAAAACAACGAAUCACAUUCAAAAGAAGAUCUAAAAGACCAUGUAGCAAGUUGCCAGAUAGAUUUCAAUGAAUCAGGAUCAUGUCUCAAAGACGAAAUACAAGAUUCUGAAUCAUUUCCUCAUGAGGAAAUUAGUGAUUCUCAACCAUGUCGUAAUGUAGAUGUGAUUGAAUUUAAAUCUUGUUCCCAAGAAAAUGUGCAAGACUCUGAAUCAUGUUCUGAAGAUCUGAAACCUAACUCUGAACCAUGCCCCAAUAAACAUGGUCUCAACGAUCCAGAAAAAAACACAAAAGAUACAGAAAUAAAUCCCCACGUAGCUGCCAAAGAUCCUGGAUCAUGGCUUCAAGAAGAUCUAGGACAUUUUAAAUCAUAUCCCAAAGCGGAUGUUAAUGAUUUUGAGUCAUGUUCCAAAGAAGUUGUAAAAGAUCCAGACCCAUGUCCACAAAUAGAUGUGACAGAUUCUGAAUCAACUCAAGAAAGCAUGCAAGACGUAAAAAAUUCUCAAUUAGGUCGCCAAAGGGAAGAUGUAAACAAUUCAAACUUAUGUUCCCAAGAAGAAAAUUCUGAAUUGUGUUCCCAGGUACUGGAUCUUAAAGAUUCUGACCAUUUUCCAGAAGGAGUAUAUCCCGAGUCCAAUGCUGAACUGCAGCAUAAAACUGCUGAGGGAAGCAGUGAUGAGGCAGAAAAAAUCUUAACCAAGCCUUUAUCCAAGAGUGCCAAUGCACCAGGGAAAAGGAAAAAAAAGAAAAAAAGAGGCAAAAGGAAAGGAAGCUCCCCUGAACGAAAUCAACAAAGGGAGAAAAAGGACGAAAAUGUGGGAGAUGAGGAAAACAAUGAGAUAACAAGCACAGGAGUAGCUUCAGUAAACAAUGGGUCUACCACAGAAAGUGUCACUGAUGGCCACACCAUUGAAAUCCUCAAAGAACCAGAUGUGUGCCAAGCAGACACGGCUAAACCGGUGGAGCACAGUGAAAAUUCAAAUGUUCCCAAAGAUUCCAAGAUGGAUCAAAUGUUCAAUAUGCAUGAGCAAAACAUACAACAACUGGAAGCCGGAAGCAUUCAGAUACUGGAACAGGAAACAUCCAUUGAUACACAUGCGGGUGAAAGAAAAGUAAGUUUGGAAUUGAUGGGAGUUGAAGAAGGAUUUAUUCAGUGUUCUGAGCCAGUGGUCAGUCACAGUGGAACUGAUCUUUUAUUUGAUUGUGAAGGUUGUGAAGAGGACUCCCUUUUAGAUGGCACCUCUGCCAAGUUCCAAGGCCACGAUAACAAAAUGUCAUUAGGUGUUGUCCAUGAAGGUGUAACAAGUUCUGAAAAUACAGUUUUUACGAAAGAAGCCGUAGCCGAAUUCAUUGUUCAAAACCAUGUUGAUAAACCUAUUCUUAAACCUUCUGAAAGUCAAAAUGAGGUGUCUGUGACUCCUACACAAGACAUAGGUGACAGUCUCCAAGACCCAGGGUGGUUACCAUCUGCACACUUGACUGCUGUGAAUUCUGACACCUUAAUCGGGUUUUCUGAGAAUGAUCUUGAAGAGAAAACCUUGAUCAACCAAGAGUAUAAAGAGCCAGAAGCAGAGUGUGCGGAUCAUGAAGAAAUGUUAGAUUUAGUUAAGCUAGAGAACUCUUGUGACCUCAAUACAGAGCAGAUCCUUGGAGCGCCUUUGGUUGAAUCAGAAAGCUCUUUACUGUUUGAAAAGCAGGUUGUUGAAACUGCCUUUGACACAGGGGUGCAGGCAUCAGAGUCUGAGGAAGCAUGUUGUGUGGUCAGUAAUGAAGAAAAAGCCUAUACAGAGGACCCUAAGGAGCCUGAAAAAAGUCAAAGUCACCAGAAUGUUAAUAGCGUGGACACUUGUCGACAAAACAGCAGGGAGGACGUUAAAGAGAAAGAGCAGUCAUUUGAUUUUGAUGACAAUGAUAUAGACACACCUGUGUUGGAAUUACAAACCCAUGAAAAUCCAGAGAAGCGGAAAGUUGAAGUGUGUGCUUUAGAUGUCUUAACAGAUGAACGUAGUACUGAUAUUAAGAGUGCUAUUGAAACCCUAAAGGAUAGAGAAGGGUGUACCCAUGUGGCUACGCUAGAUAACAAAUGUAAACAGACCACUUUGGUUGACAUGGAAUCCUCACCUGACCAUUUAGGAACUGACCAGGAAGUCACUUCUGAAGACACUUAUAAACAGGGCAGCGGCGAGGAAGUUGACGAUGAAGAUGAGAAAGGGCAUUCUUUUGAUUUUGAUGACAUGGAUAUAGAUGCAGCAAUGGAGAAGCAGACAGUUGAAAAUCCGGACGUACGUGAAGUUGAAGUGGGCAGUGAAGAAGUCCAUUCAGAUCAACUUUUAGCCACACCAGAUAAGUGUGAGCAGACCACUUUGGUUGACAUGGAAUCCUCAUCUGAACAUUUAGGAACUGUAAACGAUGUGCUUGAAAGCCGUCCACGUGACCAGGAAGCCACUUCUGAAGAGACUUACAAACAGGGCAGCGGCGACGAUGUUGAGGAUGAAGAUGAGAAAGGGCAGUCUUUUGAUUUUGAUGACAUGGAUAUAGAUGCAGCGGUGGAGAAGCAGACUGUUGAAAAUCCGGACGCACGUGAAGUUGAAGUGGGCAGUGAAGAAGUCCAUUCAGAUCAACUUGUAGCAACACCAGAUAAGUGUGAGCAGACCACUUUGGUUGACAUGGAAUCCUCACCUGAACAUUUAGGAACUGUAAACGAUAGGCUUGAAAGCCAUCCAGAUGACCAGGAAGUCACUUUUGAAGACACUUACAAACAGGGCAGCGUUGAGGAGGAUGAUGAUGAUGAUGAUGAAGAUGAGAAAGGGCAGUCUUUUGAUUUUGAUGACGUGGAUAUAGAUGCACCCACAGAGAUGCAGACCGUUGAAAAUCCUGACCCAUGUAAUGUUGAAGUGGGCAGUGAAGAAGUCCAUUCAGAUCAACUUGUAGCCAAACCAGAUAGUGACAUGGAGUCCACACCCAAACAUUUGGAAACUUUGAACAACGACACACAUGAGCAAAGCUACACAACCAAUGAAAGAGAGCCUUACAACACUGGUGUUUCAGAAUCCGCAAAGAACCAAACCCCCUUUCGUUCUACGUCAUUAGAAGUUUUGGAUGCUGUUGAAAAACCAAAAGAUUUAAGUUCAACCCACAGAAAUGGAGAUACUCCCCCUUCUGGAAAAGAAAGGAAGAAAAAUGGCAAAAAAAGCAAAAGCAAAGAUGACUGUAAGAUGACAUAGUGCUUAGACUACCGAAGACAUUCAGUAUAAAAUGUUGUGCUUUUUCUGUUCAUGUAUCAAACCAGACAGUGCUUUUCGUUGAUUUAAUGGAUGCUUGUGUCCUUCUCAAUGGACAUCACAAAGUUUUCUAAUUUUUGCAAGUUUAAAGUGCCAUAAAAAAGCGAUACGAAUGUAAACUUUUCCCGUAGUGCUGUUAUGUAUUACAUUGCUGUUGAUUGUGACCCCCCCCAACCGCUCUUUUCACCAAGAAUUUUCUGCUGUAUGUUGUAGUUUUUUGAUACAAAUUUGGGAAAAACAAUGAAUCUUCUAGCUUUUCUAUGCAGGUCAAAAGGAAACAUGCUUGUUGAUUCUGUCUGUUAAUACAUGGCAAUGUUGUCUGUGUAUCAUUAUAAUUUGGGGUUAAUAGGUUUGUUAGAAGGGUUAUGGUAAGGGUAGGGUUGAAGUUUAAUGUUUAUUCUUAGAAUCAGCCUGGGUCAGGUUAACAACAUGCACAAAGCAAUGCAAAUGCUUUUUUGUUUUUGCACUUAUUGAAUGUGGUCAGUCCACAAUAAAAUUACUAUAAAACAA